UCUUCUUCUACAUGUUUCUGCUGCUAUAAUGUUCUACCCAAGCACUUGUGGCCAAGGAACCAUGGACUGAAUCUUGUGAAACGGCCUCCUGCUGCCAGACAAAAAGAAUUUCCACUUCACUGCUGCUUAUUAUUAAGCUGCUAUAAACAAGAAUGCUUGAAGGGAACUGAGGAGCCAAGGCCUAGAAAUUUCUGAUAACCUUCACACUCAUUCCCAAAUGACAUUAUUAACUCAAGUCAAGAAAGUGGAGCAUGGCCAUGAGCAAUGUGAACAACGACUUUGUGGUUAUGAGCAAUGGCAGCAUCACAACCAGUGCCACCAACCUUAGUCCCCUCACCCCCUGUGAUGGAGACCUUGCAGCCCAGCAGCUCACACCCAAAGAAGUACCAAGAACAAAAGUGAGUCCAAAUGGAUGCCUGCAGCUUAAUGGCACAGUAAAGUCAUCCUUUCUGCCUUUAGACAACCAAAGAACGCAUCAGGUGUUAUCCCAAUGCUGCCAUCCUUGCCCAUACCAUCACCCUUUGACCAGCCAUAACAAUCACCAAGAGUGCCAUCCCGAGGCUGGCCCUGCAACACCCUCUGCUUUGACCUCGUGUUGCAUGCAGCCACACUCCGAAUAUUCUGCAUCUUUAUGUCCAAACCAUUCACCUGUGUAUCAGGCUGCGUGCUGUCUUCAGCCUUCGCCAUCCUUCUGCCUGCAUCAUCCGUGGCCUGACCAUUUCCAGCAUCAGCCUGUGCAGCAGCACAUAGCCAACAUCAGGCCAUCCAGACCUUUCAAGUUACCAAAAAGUUAUGCAGCACUGCUAGCUGACUGGCCAGUGGUAGUCUUGGGCAUGUGUACCGUGUUUAUCGUGGUCUGCGCCUUGGUUGGAGUGUUAGUACCAGAGCUUCCUGACUUCUCUGAUCCACUGUUGGGUUUUGAACCAAGAGGGACUGCAAUAGGCCAGCGACUGGUCACAUGGAAUAACAUGGUGAAAAAUACAGGAUACAAAGCAACAUUAGCAAAUUAUCCUUUUAAAUAUGCAGAUGAGCAAGCCAAAAGCCAUCGAGAGGAUAGAUGGUCAGAUGAUCAUUAUGAAAGAGAAAAAAGAGAGGUGGACUGGAAUUUCCAUAAAGACAGCUUUUUCUGUGAUGUUCCAAGUGACCGAUACUCCAGAGUCGUAUUUGCUUCCACAGAUGGGGAGACACUGUGGAAUUUACCUGCAAUUAAAUCAAUGUGUGAUGUGGAUAAUUCCAGGAUCAGAUCUCAUCCCCAGUUUGGUGAUCUCUGCCAGAGAACCACAGCUGCUUCUUGCUGCCCCAGCUGGACACUGGGGAACUACAUCGCCAUACUGAACAACAGAUCAUCUUGUCAGAAAAUCGUUGAGCGAGAUGUCUCUCAUACAUUGAAGCUGCUUCGGACCUGUGCCAAACACUACCAAAAUGGCACCUUGGGGCCAGACUGCUGGGACAUGGCAGCCAGAAGAAAGGAUCAGCUCAAGUGUACCAACGUGCCACGCAAAUGUACCAAGUACAACGCCGUGUACCAGAUCCUCCAUUACUUGGUGGACAAGGACUUCAUGAGCCCCAAGUCAGCUGAUUAUGCCAUGCCGGCUUUAAAGUAUAGCAUGCUCUUCUCCCCCACAGAGAAAGGAGAAAGUAUGAUGAACAUUUACCUGGACAACUUCGAAAACUGGAACUCUUCCGACGGCAUCACGACCAUCACCGGGAUCGAGUUUGGUAUCAAACACAGUUUGUUUCAAGAUUAUCUUCUCAUGGAUACUGUGUAUCCUGCCAUCGCCAUUGUGAUCGUCCUGCUGGUCAUGUGUGUCUAUACCAAGUCCAUGUUUAUCACUCUCAUGACAAUGUUCGCAAUAAUCAGUUCCUUGAUUGUCUCGUACUUUCUCUAUCGUGUCGUAUUUAACUUUGAAUUUUUCCCUUUUAUGAACCUCACUGCACUCAUUAUUUUGGUUGGAAUUGGAGCCGAUGAUGCUUUUGUCCUGUGUGAUGUCUGGAACUAUACCAAAUUUGACAAGCCUCACGCGGAAACCUCAGAAACGGUGAGCAUCACCUUGCAACAUGCCGCACUCUCCAUGUUUGUCACAAGCUUUACCACUGCCGCCGCCUUUUAUGCUAACUAUGUUAGCAACAUUACAGCAAUCAGAUGCUUCGGGGUGUAUGCGGGAACAGCUAUAUUGGUGAAUUAUGUCUUGAUGGUCACGUGGCUUCCAGCUGUCGUGGUUCUGCAUGAGCGAUACCUCCUCAAUAUAUUCACUUGCUUCCGGAAGCCUCAGCAACAGGUGUAUGAUAACAAAAGCUGCUGGACAGCAGCUUGCCAGAAGUGCCAUAAAGUGCUUUUUGCCAUUUCAGAAGCCUCUCGAAUUUUUUUUGAAAAAGUCUUGCCGUGCAUUGUCAUUAAGUUUCGCUAUCUCUGGCUCUUCUGGUUCCUUGCCUUAACUGUAGGCGGGGCCUACAUCGUGUGUAUAAACCCAAAGAUGAAGCUACCCUCCUUGGAGUUAUCUGAGUUCCAGGUGUUCAGGUCGUCCCAUCCUUUUGAGCGUUACGACGCUGAGUACAAAAAGCUUUUCAUGUUUGAGCGUGUUCACCACGGAGAGGAGCUGCACAUGCCCAUCACCGUCAUCUGGGGUGUGUCCCCAGAAGACAGUGGCAACCCACUAAAUCCCAAGAGUAAAGGAAAGCUGACACUAGAUAGCACUUUCAACAUUGCCAGCCCAGCCUCCCAGGCCUGGAUUCUACAUUUCUGUCAAAAACUGCGAAACCAAACAUUCUUCUACCAGACUGAUGAGCAGGACUUUACCAGCUGCUUCAUCGAGACCUUCAAACAGUGGAUGGAAAAUCAGGACUGCGAGGAGCCGGCCGUGUACCCAUGCUGCAGCCACUGGAGCUUCCCCUACAAGCAGGAGAUCUUUGAACUAUGCAUCAAGAGAGCCAUCAUGGAGUUGGAAAGGAGCACAGGGUACCACUUGGAUAGCAAAACCCCAGGACCAAGGUUUGACAUCAAUGAUACUAUCAGGGCAGUGGUGCUCGAGUUCCAAAGUACCUAUCUCUUCACCCUGGCUUAUGAGAAGAUGCAUCAGUUUUACAAAGAGGUGGACUCAUGGAUUUCCAAUGAGCUGAGUUCUGCACCUGAGGGCCUCAGCAAUGGCUGGUUUGUCAGCAAUUUGGAGUUCUAUGACCUUCAGGACAGCCUCUCAGAUGGCACCCUGAUUGCCAUGGGGCUCUCUGUGGCUGUGGCAUUUAGUGUGAUGCUGCUGACAACAUGGAAUAUCAUCAUAAGCCUCUAUGCCAUCAUCUCCAUAGCUGGGACCAUAUUUGUUACUGUCGGUUCUCUUGUCUUGCUGGGCUGGGAGCUGAAUGUUUUGGAGUCUGUCACCAUUUCAGUUGCAGUUGGUUUAUCCGUGGACUUUGCUGUCCAUUAUGGGGUUGCUUACCGCUUGGCUCCAGAUCCUGACCGUGAAGGCAAAGUGAUCUUCUCCCUGAGUCGCAUGGGCUCUGCAAUUGCCAUGGCCGCUCUGACCACCUUUGUGGCUGGGGCCAUGAUGAUGCCCUCCACAGUCCUGGCCUAUACCCAGCUAGGCACCUUUAUGAUGCUCAUCAUGUGUAUCAGCUGGGCUUUUGCCACCUUCUUUUUCCAGUGCAUGUGUCGGUGCCUUGGACCACAGGGAACCUGUGGUCAGAUUCCUUUACCCAAAAAACUACAGUGCAGUGCCUUUUCCCAUGCCCUGUCUACCAGUCCUCGUGACAAGGAACAAAGCAAAACACACACCAUGAAUGCUUAUCAUUUAGAUCCCAGGGGCCAAAAAGCUGAACUGGAGCAUGAGUUUUAUGAACUAGAACCUCUGGCAUCCCACAGCUGUACUGCCUCAGAGAAGAUCACUUAUGAAGAGACACACAUCUGCUCCGAAUUUUUCAACAGCCAAACAAAGAACUUAGGGAUGCCUGUGCACUCAGCCUACAACAAUGAACAGAACAAAAGCACCAAAAGUGAGACAAGCUCCGCCUUGUUACCACCUGCUCUGGAGCAGCACACCAUGUGUCACUUCUUCUCUCUGAACCAGAGAUGUAGCUGCCCAAAUGCAUAUAGACCCUUAAAAUACGGCCCACACUCUUGCCAGCACACGGGUGAUAACUUGUGCCGCCAAUGUGCCCCUCCUGCUAGCAGCUUUGUCCAGAUCCAGAAUGGGGUGACACCUCUGACAGCCGCACACCAAGCUGCUGAGGGAUUCGUGCAUCCCAUCCCUCACAUGCAUCCCUGCCCCUGCCUGCAAGGCCGAGUGCAGCCACCUGGAAUGCAGAAUUCUCUGCCCAGGAAUUUCUUCCUCCACCCAGUGCAGCAUAUUCAGACCCAAGAGAAAACUGGUAAGGCCAGUGUACACAGUCUUCAGAGCAUUGAAGAACAUCUCCCAAGGAUGGCAGACCCAGCACCACUGGUCUGCAGAAGCACUGGAGCAUUACAAAAAGCAUGUUGUGAUCCUGAGAAUAAUCAGAGGAGACUCUGUACAAAUAAGGACGCAGGGAAUAUGGAGGGUAGUGGAGGGACCGAAGCCAAGGUCUCUGGUUUACCAAGUCAGACCAACAAGGCACAGAGGAAAGUAGAGUUGAGCUCAUCACAGACUGAUGUAAUGGCGAACUCAGAACAUUUAAGUCAGAGUGAACCAAAAUUAAUAUUUAAUCAUUUAAUGGGAAAGCCUGGAUAUAGGUCCUGCCCAAACAAUCCUCAGAGUUGUGGCAGAAUUGUGAGAGUGAAAUGCAAUUCUGUGGACUGCCAGAUGCCAAACCUUGAAGCCAAUGUGCCUGCUGUAUUAUCACACUCAGAACUGUCUGGUGAAAGUUUGUUGAUAAAAACACUAUAAUAAAUAUAGCAUUAAUGUCUGAA